AUGAUGCCCCCUACUGACCCCGGGCCCUCGGGCAGAGCCCGAGUUUCCAAAUGGUCAGUCCGCCCCUGCAUACAACGUUGAUCUCCUUCUCCCGCAAAUCAACAGCACUGUGCAGGGAUUGAUAUUGCAGCAGGCAAUCCACUGGGAUAUGUACACUGAUGAUCAGGGCACUGAUGAUCAGUGUGCCCUGAUGAUCAGUGUAGCCCCAGUAGUGCCACCUGUCAGUGUCAAUCAGUGCCUUAUGUCAGUGCUCAUCAGUGCCUCGUGCCAGUGCCCAUCAGUGCCACAUCAGUGCCACAUAUCAGUGCCUACCAGUGCACAUCAAUGCCACAUAUCAGUGCCCAUCUGAGCUGCCUUUCAGUGUCACCCAUCAGUGCCAGUCAGUGCCACCUAUCAAUGCCAAUCAGUGCCACCUAUCAGUGCGCAUCAGUGCCGCCUAUCAGUGCCAGUCAGUGCCGCCUAACAGUGCCAGACAGUGCCGCCUAUAAGUGCCAGUCAGUGCCGCCUAUCAGUGCCGCCUAUCAGUGCCAUGUAUCAGUGCUGCCUUUCAGUGUACCACUUACCAGUGCCACCUAUCAGUGUCCAUCAGUGCAGCCUAUCAGUGCCCAUCAGUGCAGUCUCAUUAGCGCAUAUCAGUGAAGGAGAAAAAUCACUUAUUUACAAAAUUUUAUAACAAAAACUAAGAAAAAAAAUUUUUUUUUUCAAAAUUUUCAGUGGUUUUUGGUUUAAGAAAAAAUAA